CCCCUGCCCGUGCCUUCGCCAGCGCCUCUCACUCGGGCACGAUGGAGGAUGAGGAGGGCUACACGCCAUUCAACCUGCGGCCCAAGCAAGACGGCUCCGGUGGCCCAUCCCCAGCUGGGAACCAAGGUUCCCGUCAGUGUCCUGGCUGGCUUCAGGUCGCUCUAGGGGCUGGGAAUCUCAUCCAGGCAGUGGCUGUGCUAUUGCUGGCGGUUUGUGUUUCCCACUUGGUGUCCGAGAAGGGACAGACCCCGGCAGCCCCUGGGAGCGACGGAGCCGGGAGCAGAGAUACAGCGACACCCUCUGGGAGCGCAGACCCCAGCACAGCAGAAUGCAGCACCCGCCUGGAGCGUUUCCGAUCCCAGCUGUGCCCCCCGGCCCCGCCCGGCCCAGCAGGGGGCUCCGGGUGCAAACUCUGCCCCACGGACUGGCAGCUGCGCGGGGACAAGUGCUACUGGGUCGGCAGAGGAAGCAAAACGUGGAGCGAGAGCCGCGCCGACUGCUCAGCGAGGGGCUCCCAGCUGCUGGUGAUCCGGGACCGGGAGGAGCUGGAGUUCCUACAGGCCCUGACAGGAGGCACGUCCCAGUUCUGGGUCGGACUGUCCGUCCCCUCCCCGGAGAAGGCCUGGACCUGGCUGGACGGCUCCCGGCUGGAUCAGACCCAGUUCCCGGUGUCAGGCCCGGCUGAGGGGAACAGCUGUGGGGCGCUGGCAGGGAAACAGCUUCAUUCUGACACCUGCAGCUCCGGAUUUCAGUGGAUUUGCCAGAGAGACGCCGUCCCGCUCUGA